AUGGAGCUGCUUUCUGACAGGUAUCUCAUUAGUCCCAACAGUCGCCGCACGUGCGGGUCCUGGUCGAGCAGCCGAGUGUCAUUUGUUUGCAUUUUGUUGUUUCUUGUUGCUGGAAUCGAUUCUUGGAACCUGCAGCUGCACGGAGGCACCAUCGUUUCCGGGGCAACAGCAGCGAGUGGGCGGAGCGCUAGCCGGACUGUAGAGAGUAUCUGCAAAAAUGGGGCAGAAAACGAAACGACGUGUACCUGCGCUGCAAGUGUCCCUAAAGGCCAUGAUACUUCUGUAUUGACUGGAAGCAGACCUGAAGAAUCCACCGAAUCAUCUCCAAAAACCGCCGAGUUGGUGUUUUCUGGACCAACGAACACGUUGACUCUCAUAUGCGAGGGGGGGGGAACGCCGGUUCCCAACCCUGCUACCUCUCCUUCAGACAAAGUCUGCCCCUCGUCUGCCGAAAUUGAUAAAUGCAGCAAAAACCAGGACAGUGGGAACAAUCCAGUUAGCAUCACAACUCUACUCACUGGAGAAAAUGCUGACCUAAUCAAGUGGGUCGACAACAAAGCCACCCAUAAUAAAAAGUCGUAUUCCCUAACAAUUCCUGGUGUCAACCUUCCUCUCACUGACAAAGCAUUUUCUGUCGGUUGUUUAACAAACGGCGAUGCUUCGACGGUGGCGUGUAAAGUGACAGUGAACCUCGUCAAACUUUCUCAGACAACCGGAGACACCGUCGAAUGUGCAUACGGAGCUACCAGCAACGCCUACCGACAGCAAGUGACGCUGUCGCCGACACAAAACACCCUGACUCUCGUUUGCGGCAAGGACAGCGCCAUCCUGCCUACAGCCUACCAAACAAUCUUCUGUUCCGCCGGAAAUGCGCAAGAAUCUUGUUCUGAUACCUACCAAAGCAUCAUGCCGCAGUAUGAAGAGGACUGGUGGACGUUGUCUCCGUCGGAAAGCGGUACGUAUCAUCUCGAGAUUCCUUCAGAUAUGUUUCCUGAGGAGGAGAAGAGGAUCGUCGUAGGGUGCAAAUAUACACAGUCGGCCUCUGGACCAGGCCAACGGGAUGAGGGGGAGGUAGCGGCUAAAAACAGGAUUUGUAAUGUCGACGUGACUAUCGCGGCAAGCAAGAGUGCGGCAUCAGAUGCGAUAGUCCCGUCUGUGAUGUUCUCCGGACUGUCUAGUGUGGUGAUGUUAGGUGUCGGAUUUCCUUUUCUGAACUAG